GUCAAUUUUUUGUUUUGAUACCCAUUUUGUAGCAUUUUAUUAGUAUUAUUAGUAAAUAAAGUAGUAUUUUAUAAUAAAAUGGCCAAUUCCGAUACAGUGCAAGUGAGUUCACUGCCUCUACCACCUAUGCAAUAUGUCAGCCAAUAUACAGACGAUGCUAUUAGAAGAGGAAGGGCCCCAAAACCACCGCCACCUAUUCAAGAUACUUAUCAUAUGUUCGGAAAUGCCUUUAAUACAGAAGAAAAUAUCAUUAGGCCACUAGAGAGUCAAGGCAUCAAAAGGUUAUAUCCAUUACAUUUUGAUAGGAGAAGGGAGCUGAAAAAGUUCAAUCAAUCUCUAUUAGCUAAUUUUUUGGAUCUGCUAGAUUUGCUAGUUAAUUGCCCGGAAUCUCCUAGGCGAGCUGAAAAAGUAGAAGACUUGAGUCUCUUGUUUAUCCACAUACAUCAUUUACUCAACGAAUUCAGGCCCCACCAAGCUAGAGAAACGUUAAGGGUUAUGAUGGAACUUCAAAAAAGGCAGCGAAUUGAAACAGCCAAUAGGUUUCAAAAACAUCUCGAUAAGGUGAUGGAUAUUCUUCAGCAAGCCAUUCAAAGUCUUCCGGAACCCAUGGAAUUGGAUUCGGCUAUAAUAUCCGAAACAGAUUUGCUUAUGAAGAAGGAAAAAAAUGAAAAUUCGGAUGGUUCUCAAGAUUCUUGUUAUAUUUUAGACAGAGUUAUGUGUAAUAUCGUAGAUAAUAUGUAGUGAAGUGAGUUUGUAUUUUAUGGUUAUUUUAAGAAAUGUAUCUUAUAU